GAGUAGUGUGACCAAUUGAAUCAUCCUCGCCCUGGAGCUGGAAGCUGCAGAUUGGAGAAGCAGAGAACACUGCGCUCAGACUUGGCUCCCAUAACGACAAACUUCUCAGGAGUACCACUUUUUGCUCAAGAUUUCCCUGGAAUUUUAAACUGUGUUCUCCAAGGAACUCACAGCGCCCUCCCUUUGCCUCGGCCCCUUUUCCUGUGUGGCAGACCUAAGACUAGCGCAUAGGUGGAAAGGUCAGAGGGCUCCUAUUUUGCCUUAACUGCAGCUGUAGGUAAAACCAUUUCUGCAAUCCAGAGGUGGUAAACUGACAGUGGGUAACCCACCAACAAGCAUGGACACAAGGGCAUCUGAAAGUCAACACAGCAUACAUGUUUCUUUUUAUCAUUACCUUGAUACGAAUGAUUACACAUCUUAUGUUUUGUGUUUCAGACAUGCUUGCUGUAUGAUAAAGUUGGAAUAGAGGAUGUGAACAGCUGUAAACUGAAUGUUACAUAAACCCCUCUGCACCCCUCCAAGGAUCAUCCUCACCUUGACUUUCACUGAUUGAGAUCUGCCUGCAACCAUGACAACUAAAUCCAGCCAAAACAGCACUCUUCUGGGUGGCAAAGCUUCCUCCUCUCCUCUCUUGUCCUCUUCUCCUCGCCAGCGCCUGGUCACCAAAGAUGGACACUGUGCCCUUCGUCCUCCUCUGUGCCCUUCAGGUUCAUGGUGUGGAGCCUCAGGCAGAGCCUGGGUGCUUGCCCUGCAGGAUCUAUGGGGACUGUUGGUGGGUCUGCGCUGGAGAUGGGUAGUUCUGGCCUUCUGUGCCUCCUUCCUGGCUCACUGGCUGUUGUUUGCCUGCCUGUGGUACUUGCUGGCCCAUCUCAAUGGAGACCUGGCUGUGCAGGAUCAUGAUGCGCCCCCACAGGGUCAUGUGGUCUGUGUGAAGCACAUUACAAGCUUCACUGCUGCCUUUUCCUUUUCCCUGGAGACACAGCUGACCAUUGGCUAUGGCACCAUGUUCCCCAGUGGAGACUGUCCCAGUGCCAUUGCACUGCUGGCUGUGCAGAUGCUGCUGGGGCUCAUGCUGGAAGCUUUCAUCACAGGUGCAUUUGUAGCCAAGAUUGCCCGUCCCCAGAAGCGAGCAGGAGCAAUUCAAUUCAGCCCACAAGCAGUGGUUGGCCAACACCAGGGCCAGACGUGCCUCAUGCUACGAGCCACAAAUCUGCUGCAGCGACCUCUGGUAGAUGUAAAGGUGAGUGCUGUGCUCUAUGAGGAGUAUGAAGGUCAGGCUCUGCACCAGACCUCUCUGGACUUCUACGUAGAUCAUCUGGGCCAGCAGCCAUGCCCCUUCUUCAUUUUCCCACUCACUUUUUACCACCCCCUGGAUCGCCGGAGCCCUCUUUUCCCCGCCCUGUGUGAGGGCACAUCCAACCACUUUGAGCUGGUGGUCUUCCUGUCAGCUUUGCAGGAGGGAACUGGUGACUCCUGCCAGAAGAGGACCUCCUACCUGCAUCAAGAAAUCCAAUUUGAUCGCCGCUUUGUCCCCGCCUUGGGGCUUGAUCCUCGGGGGAGAUACAUGGUGAACACUCAGCACUUUGACACAGCCCACUCAAAGGAGCCCUUGAACAAGGACUGUGUGGUACAGAUCAAUGGUGAUGGCAGCGACAGAAUAGAAUAAGGAUGCAGAAGAAAAGGUUUCAUGGGGACAGACAUAAAGUUUCUGAUGCAGACAUAUAUUUUUGUCAGGAGGUAUUUAAUUGAUUUAGGUAAAUCUGAAUUUAUACUUUAAGAUUUAAAAUUAAACUGCAUAUCAGACAUGCUGCAGGUUCCCUCAGCUCCUUCCUGCAAACUUCUGGAGUCCUUACUGCAUCAAGCAAGGGGAACCCAUCACUACUGCCAUUUGUAUUGGUCGGAAUUCCUGACCAGUAGGAGCCUGGGAAAAAGUGAGUGGGUGGACGGUUCAUAUUUUUGUUGCUCUGGCCAUAGGCUCUGUCCAGAUAAAAUACUCAUCUUAAUUUGUGAUCUCAGAAUAAGGCUCACAUUACUGAAAGAUACACUCAACAGCGCAAGAUGAAAAGUCAAACCAAAGUUUGAAUACAGAAAGCUGUUUACUGUAUAACUCUCUUAAAUUGAGUAAAAGUGAAUUUCCACUCCCUUAAGCUUUGUUUUCAUGUAAGAUUUUGUAACUGAAUUAUAUUUGAAAAUAUGAUUCUAUUGUGGUAGCACAAUAUCUUUUGAAUUAAGUCCUGCUGCAGUUCAAGUUAGCAAUUUGUGUCUCCAUGGAUUUAAGGAUCCCAUUUAUGAUCACACUGAAGUUUCAUUAAACACAUAGAAAUGUGGUUGUCCUAUAUACAGGGUGACACAAAAAACGGGAACUUUUAACAACCCAAUAAAACCAAGAGUGAUGAAAGAAAACAAUGAUGGAAUUUUCAUUUUUUAAAAACCCUGGAAUUACAGGGUUUCCCCCUGUAAUUCCAGGGGGAAACCAAUACAUGAUAUUUUCUUCUGUACAAAUGCAUUCUUGAAAUCUGCUGUUGAGAUUCCUCAUUGACCGCUGCAACAUGUUUCUUAAAUGGCAUGUUUUAAGGUUUCAAUUACUAUGAAUAAAAUAUUUUUCUUCCAUCACUCUUGAUUUUAUUGGAUUAUUAAAAAGUUCCCGGUUUUUUUGUGUCACCCUGUACAUCUCAAUAUUGGUGACUACAUGUGUGCACAUGCCUGUGAUGUUUCCAAACACAAACAUGCAGUUUUGCUAUAGUUAAUGUGACAUUCCUGUAACCAUCAAAUGUAACCACCUAGUAUUGCUAUGAUUAGAAGCAUUUCUGUGGCAUCAAAAUUGGUAGAACUGCAGUUUUGAGGUUUUACAACAAGUUCACUAGCAUUUUCUCUCUAAUUUAAUAUUUUAAUAAGGAGAUAGUAAAAAAUCUAAUGGUUGUCUGAAGUUUCUCAAGGCCUGGUUGUCAUUUUUUCCUCAUCUUAAUAACCUAAAGACUAAAUUUCUAUGCUUCAUUGCUCCAAAAGUGUUUUUUUUUUCUGUCUCUGUUGCUUGUGAUGCAGUGUUAACAUUUUUCAUUAUCAGGAUCCAAAAGUAAUACCCAUGUGUGUAUUUG